GGCAGUAGGGGUUAGAAAGUCAAGCAGUUGAUUCAGAUAAAAAAAAGUAUAUUUUUUAAAUUUUAUAAAAUUUUAAAUUUGUAUACAAAAAAUCAAGCCUCAGCAGAAGUCGACAUCGCAUGUAGAAAAAAUAUGGCUGGCAACCGACGGAUUGACGCGGAAAAUUCCAGUCACACGGGGGGCCCCUGCAAUGAAUUCGGAACCCUUGAGUCUGAGAUGAUACCCAGACCCUAUGAUUUGAUGCGACAGCGCAACUGCAAGGCCGAGAAAGUCAUCCAACUGGAGCGGUAUCCCAGCAUUCGACCGCCGAUUUCAAAGUGCAGUUACGAUCAGACGAAGAACUGGCUGUUGGAAUCGGUAGACCAGGUAGGCUGUGAGGACCACAAUGCUAGGUUGCAAGACGCCCUUAAAAUUUGGAAAUUGAGUCCGCACAAGAAGACGCUCGGUUAUUAUGGCGUGGCCGAUGGGAUGUAUCGACCGGAGGCCGCCAAGUUCAACAGGACAUUGGCAAGCUGCCUACGACAUGCCCGCGGUCCAAAUAGACGUGUUCGCAAGCCCUCACUGAAUUCUCCACAGCCAAAAAGACCGCCCCAACCCUCUCCCUUAUGUCAGCCCUAUAUCCUUAACCGUCAAGUCUUAAAAGCGGAGCUCCAAAAGAUGCCCGUUGUGCGGCAAAAGCUAAGUCCCAGUAAGGCUUUUGAAACGUGGUUCUGCGAAAAGCCAGUGGAUCCUGAUGAUCCUCUGGGGGUGGAUGCUGCUUCCACCAAAAUGGUAAGCUUAAGAGAAGCCCUGGACAUAGCGAAAAAAGAAACCAAACCUCCAAAACACGGUUUGAGACGUAAUCACUGGUACUGCCCACCGAAAUGUAAUGAGCCGGAAAACAAGUGCACUGCCUACGAGUGGGCCAAGUACAAGUUGGACUCUAAACCUUACAACGAGGCCUUCCAAAAGUGGUUAAAGGAGCAGAAAGUGCCAACAGAGAGGGAGCCGCACAACUACGAUGAGCUCUAUAAGCGAUUCCAAGCCUGCUUCGAGGUGAAACCCCAACCAGAUCCCGAUUGUGUGGCCAUGGCAAAGUGCUGUGCAGAUAUGAUCAAGGAAGUGAAAGAGGAGGGUGGUGGUGGUCCUGGAGGAGGUGGUGGAGGAGGUGGUGGAGCAGGGGGAGGAGCAGGAGGAGGUGCAGGAGGAGGAGGAGGAGCAGGAGGAGGAGGAGCAGGAGGAGGAGGAGCAGGAGGAGGAGGUGGCGCAGGUGGAGGAGGAGGCCAAUCUGGUCCAGGUCCUGGUCCAGGUCCUGCUCCUCCUGGAGGUCCAACCCAGCCAGGUGGUGGGGACAAGGAUAAAGGAACUGAUAAGACUACGGACAAGCCCAAAGACAACAAGGAUAAAGGCAAGAAUGAAGACAAGGAUAAACCCACAAACCCAGAUAAAGAUAAGAAUACAGGCACUGACAAAGAAAAUAAGAAAGAUAAGGGUAAGGGCAAAAAACCCGGCAAGGAUAAACCAGAGGAAACGGACCAGGGAACGGGCAAAAAACCCGGCAAGAAUAAACCGGAGGAAACGGACCAGGUUACGGACAAGAAAGAUAUAGAAAAUCCCGAUAAGGAAAGACCGAAACCCAAGCCUCCUGGCCAGAAACCGAUACCGCCCAAGGAGCAAGUAACAGAAGGCACCACCGAUAAGAAAUGGUCAAUUGAAUCCGACAGUGGAUCAUAUAAAGAACCGAACAAACCAGACGUAAACCAACCAAAGGAAGGGCCUCCGACAACAGACGGGGACCCGUCCUCCAAACCGCCGGAUAAGAAACCGCCAAAAAAGAAGCCACCCCACAAGAAACCCACGAAGCCCCCGAGGGUCGACGAGGGGAAGGUGGACGAGGUGAAGGACAGGUGCCCGCCGUGUCCUCCAGUGGGCUGCGCGUGCUGCAUUUGCGACAGUCUGCAUGCCAAGAAGAUUCCCAUCUCCCCGACCAUGCAGUCUGUGUUUGCCCAGGAAAAGGUUCGCGAAAUGAGGGAAUAUCUGCGGCGCAUGAGGCACAGGCAGUACAUGGAGUGCUCUGGCCCGAAGCCAGUGGCCCCCCGGCACACGGUGGAUCCCAUUGAGUGCGACAAUUGCUUCUGCCUGGACCCAAAGAUCUCCGAGUAUUGCGAAUGCCUGGGUGCCCUGCAACAUCUGCAGCGGCUCCUGCGCAAGGAGCGCCAUCCCAUUGUGAACAACGAGCUGAUCUUCAACCUCGAGGAUCUGCGUCAGAAAAUUGCCCAGCGAAUGUGCGAGUGCUUCUGAGAAGUGUAUGUUUUGAGCUGUUUUAAUGGCUUGUAUACCAUUGAUUUUUUUUUAGUGCUUUUUCAAAAUUUGACCAUUGAAUAAAAAACGAAUCAUUUCAUUUUGCGAAUACAUGUCGUUUAGUUAAGAGGCAUUAAGGAUACUUUCAAAAUAAAGAAUCUUAUACUGUA